AUGUCAACACAACACCACGAAGAAUCCUCAACAAUGCCAAUGUCAACUGCCACCUCAGCUGCCAAAUGUCAACACGUGCCAACAACCACCCCAUUCCCUCCUCCAUUCCUAAUCAACAAUUCAAAUGCAAACAAUAACAUGAUCAAGCCUUCCACAACCGUACUGAUGGACUCUCCCUUCUCCUCUCUCUACACCACCAAUAGUUAUUCUUCAAGCUUGCAAAAUCAACCUUUCAACACAUCUUAUUCCUCAUUUCCUUCUCAAAACUACUAUUCAUCAUCAAUUUCUUCAAUGGGAGAACCAUCCAGUAGACUAAAUCCAUACUACGAUCAAACCAUUGGCACUUUACACACUGCCACUAAUCAUUUUGUAAAUAAUAAUAACAACAACACAAAUGUUGACUCGAGUGCUCAAAAUUCUUCAACCACUCCUAUGGGUCAACCACAACAGUUAUUUCCAACCAAUACGAUCAUGUAUAACAACAACAACAACAACAAUACAUCAUUGAAUCCAAACAGCAAAUCACAGCAAGGUAAUGCGCCUUCUUUGAACACUGCUGUGGGUGGUGAUUGGAGUCCAUCUGUCACUCAUCUCCCAAAUAUGUCGACUCCAAUCAAAACAGUCGCGAGCCUCAAUAAGAACAUACCAAUGCUUCAAACCAACCUCAAAAGGCCAUCCAAUUCGAUUCAACAACAACAGCAACCAUUUGGAAAUGAUGUCUCCACAACUGACAGCCAAUCCUCUCCUCCUCCUGUCACCACUCAAACCUCCUCCAAUCGAAACUUACCAAAAGACGCAGUUGCAAUCCUCAAAAGUUGGUUUUUCGAUCAUCAAGCUCAUCCCUAUCCAACUGAAGAAGAAAAAGCCAUGCUCUGUGAAAAAACAGGUCUCUCCCAUAAACGUAUCAAUUAUUGGUUCAUUAAUGCUCGGAGAAGAUUAUUACCAAAUUUGAAGAAGGAGGAAAAGAAAGCCAAGUCAGUCACGUCCAUUCCAAAAAGAAAGAGAAGAUUGGAUGAAUCUUCUCGAAAUAGAUCACAUCGUCAUCAGCCAUCGUCGAGUUUCAUUACUCGUUCCAUGUCGGAUGGAGCCGAUGAAAUGGAUGUACAUGUUCAAGAUUUGGGUGAGGAAAAUAAUUGGGUGGUGGAAUGUCUAUUGGAGCUCUCUAAGAAUGACUAUUAA